GACGAAGUCCCGGGCCCGCCGGCCGCACGCUGUGCUGCUCGACAUGAAGAUGCCUGCGGACUGCAUGUCACCCGAGUUGUUCACGAAGAUGGCCGAGAAGAUAGCACAGCUGACGAAGGUUGUGUACACGCUCAACAUGCGUGCGGAGGACCAGGAGACGCUGAUGUCGGCCAUGAAGGAGCUGCACGAGGAAGACGUGAAGCGCGUCACGCGAGACGCCAACGAGAAGAUGGCCCACUGCCAGAGCCAGGUGAGCAGGCAGGUGGCGCUGCUAGAAGGGGCACUAGUCCGCGAGCGCCAGGAAAGGUGGCGCCUCGAAGGCGAGCUCCACCGGCAGCUGCUGCCAGCCGGCCACCUCGUGACGCUCUGUGCCGAGAUGCGCGCCGCCAGCAUCGUGCUGCGCUCCAAGCUGGAUGCCUUCGAGCGCUUGCAGCUGCACGUGGCACUUUCUUUGGAGGGCUUGCCAGUGAGUGCAGGUGUGCCUGGAACGACGAGCCGUGCAAUCGUCGGUGGUCGAGUGGAAGAUGACUGCAUCCUGCGCAAGAACGACUUCCUCCGGGAUCACUGUGACCAGCUUGCUGAGGAGAAUCAACGCAUGCGCGUCCACUUCGAGUGCCAGUUGACGCAGCUGCGCUCGUUCUACGAGGAGAAGCUGCACAGCAGCCGUCGGCUGCAGCUCGGCAAUGACGCCUCGCUCAUGGAGGAGAAGCACGCCUCGAGGGUGGACGCGCUCCUCCUUCACCUGGCGCACAGCGAACAGCAGCUGGACAGGUACUGCAAGGAGGCAAAGGCUCUGUCCGAUGAGCUGGAGAAGCGAGAGAAGCACCUCAAGAUGAUGGACGACCAGGUGUGUGGCAGCGAGCAGGUGCUACUGCGGCUCACAGGUCGACUGAAGCAGAGUGAAGCGGCGUCGAACCAGCUCAAGGCGUCCUGCGCACUCUACAAACAGGACGCUAUUGCCAAAGCAGACAGGAUCGCCUCGCUGGAGGCCACGGCCAGCGAGCAGCAGUGCCGCAUCGAGCAGCUGCAGGCGGAGGCACUCGAGCUGGCGCCGCUGCGCGCCCAGUGCGACGCUCAGCUCGAGCGAGUGGCCCAAGCCGAGGCUGCGCUCGCCAAGCACCAGGCGGACAAACACAGAGAGUUAUUAGCCAAUCAGCAAAAACUGGAAGCACUGGAGCGAAGACUGAAAACUUUUAAGGACGAGUCAAAAUGUCUGAAGCUGAUACAGGCCCAGCUCAAAGAGUCCUUAUCGGAGGCAAAUUACAGAAUAUGCCUUCUCAACAGUGAGGUGGACCAGAAGGUGGAAGCUUUGAUCAAGAAGGAGCAAGAAUUAAGCUCUCUCCGAGAAGGCAUGAAAAAACUGAAGUGGGAACUCACUGAAGCUCUGCAAGAGAAAGAAGCCGCGCUAUGGGAUUCAAGAAGGCUGCUUCAACGAGCGUUCAUAGAAAUGAAUGCGGCGUUGGAAUCAAAGAUCAAAAGCUCCAGUGCCUGGGGUCCCCAGCUGCCGGAUCACGUGCCCCCGCGUCUGGAGCUCGUCGCCCAUGCGCCGAACAACCGGGUGUGUGAUGGCAACAUGAGCAUCGUGGACAUCGAUCCCCGUUUCCCCGGACCCUUCCACGACUCUUACGUACAGAGGCACUCACCACUCUUAGGCCGCCUCACCAGUAACCUCCAACGUGGAGAAUGCGUGUUUGGAGACUUGGGCUACCCUCUUGAGCCAUGGCUGCUCACACCUGUGCCAGGCCAUCGAGGCAUUCAGACUCCGGAGGGGCGCUACAACUGGGCCCAUACCUCCAUGAGAAAUGUUGUGGAGAGGGGUCUUGGCGUCUUGAAGGCAAGGUUCCGAUGCCUUCAGAGGUACCGGACCCUCCUUUAUCAGCCCAAGGAUGCAGCCACAAUUGGGGCAGCCUGCGCCGCUCUCCACAACAUUGCUUUGAAGGCAGGGGAGCUGCAAGACAACGAGGACGACCAGCCCCCGCAACAAGGACAACAGGGCUUGCCUGUGUCCGAGGGGCAUCACACCUGCCGGCAGGAAACGCCAUAAGAGUUGCUCAUGAGGGCAAAGCAGACGAGGAGCCAGGUAGUCAGCCUCUUCUCUGUGGCCCCUACCUGGCGUACAACUCAUCUGCGUGAGCUACCUCGUCAGCUCUCCAACAUAGGCGUGAAAAGGCAAAUUUCAUAAUGCUAUUGAAAAAUUGAAAUGGUCGCCCUUGAUCAGAAGGAUGCAAGGCAUUUUCAAAAAUAUUUGUUUUGAUUAAUACUGAAAUCCACACUGCGGAUUUUCACAGGGUGCGUCACACUAACAAAAAUGUUUAGAAACAGUGGAAGAGAGACGUUAGAGAAGUGUUGCUGGGCAAGUUGGUUCGUGAUGGGAACGAAAAUUCAAGGAGAAUACAAAGAACAGCACAGGCAGCUGAGCGCGUGUGCCGCCCCGUCUCUUUUCUGGGUUCUAUUUUCUUUUGUAAUUUUAUUCUUAAACAACUACAAACACAAAAUACAACAACACACUGUUAUAACAGGUAAUAAUGAAAACAAAACAGAUGUUGCACCAAGACAUGUCGUGCCAUUUGAACAUUUUGUGCAUCCCUGUAGCCAGCUGGGUAGCUAGGUUGAAACUUCAGAAGAACAUAUUUGGUUUCACACUAGAACGGGCAGAUUAUUAGUGCACUAUAUUCAGCCAGCAUGAAGUAAAAGCAAGAAAUCGCGGAGCUCAAGGAAAUGUUAUUACUUUAAUGUACUUCAUAACUUCAAUUACGGAAACUUACUCGUGUCACCCCCCCAAAAAAAUACAUAUAAAGGUCGGCCACUACAUGUUCUGCAUUCAGAUACAUCCCACGUACAACAUUUCUGAAGUAGUAACAGUGAUGAAAUAUGUCAAAAUGAGCUGCACUAACGCCGCAUACAUGGAUAUGCUGAUAGACCUCAUAAAAGCACAUAUUAUUGUACUGCUAUAGCAGGUAUCCUGCAGGACGUGUGUCUCUCAUCCAAUAUCACAGCAGCUUGAACUACUCUUCAAUAUCAAGUACAGUAAUGCACUCUAUAGCUGUAGCUUGGCAUAUACAAAAUUAAAUUGAAGUAGUAGCAAACAAAUAUUACAGCAGGAGCCUAUGUGGCUAGCGAGAAGUGCUUCGUGUAACACUUAUUGCCCUCUCAUUACCAAAGUGGCAAGCAUGAAAAUAAAAACAAUUACGCAAGGCUGACUAGCACUCUGUACUUCUAUAUAAAUGGCAGGAAUAACAUGAAAGACAGUGGCUUUCUCCGCGUACAAGGCAUCAGCUGCUAGCUGGACAAUCCCCGUCAGGCACCAAAUAAUGAUAUAUUAUUCACUAUAUGUAACGUGUAACACACUUCGAAAGCAGCCAUCUAGUGAUUGCAAGUAGACGCUGCAUGUGGAACCUUACAAGAAAAAAAUUAGACCUCAAUGCAAAACACAAAGUAUAGAAAAAGCACACACUAGCAUGACUGCCACCUAACUCAUUUGACUGAAACACCAUAAACAUAUUAAUGAUAUUUGCUAAAAAAUACUAAGACAUACUAGUGAUAAAUUUAUAACAGUAGCAUGCAAUUUCAUGUGCACAUAACGGAAAUAUAGUAACUCUUCUUUUAUUCCUAUUAUCUUGGAGUAACAUCUCAAACAUUAGAGAUAAGUAAAAAAAUAUUUAAAUGGACAAAAUGAGAUCAAAGUUGUUAUGACUGUAAAUGAAUGAGUAGAUAAAACUUAAUAAACAUACUAGUUUUAGUGAACUAAAUAAUAAAGAUGGCAAGAAAUAUA